CACAAAUAUGCAUUCCCACCCUCCACAUGUAUACAAAUACUCAGCAGUGUGAGAAGCACCUUGCUAUAAAUAAUUCUGCAUGAAACAUGAAGUCCAGACUAAAUGCAGAUGCAGAGCAGAAAGUAGGACACAAUGAUGGACUUGUGAGGGUAAUUUUUUCCAGCAGCUUCUAAACGAAUGAUUGAUUGUUACAGGAUGUUCGCUUUGAUCAGUGUGUCAGAAUAUAUCUGUUGAUGGUCAAAUGCUAGUUAAAAACAUUAAUAAUCUCUUUUUUUUCAUGCAACAGUCUGCUGUUGUUGACUAAAUGUCCACCUGUUGAAAUAUCACUGAAUAUCUUUGUAUUCACACAGCCUCCACCGAUUAAAGUAUUUGCAUGUGCUGCUACUUGGAUGCACACACAAUGUUGGUUGAACAUGGUGAUCAUAACAAUCAUGGUAUGUUCACAAUGCAAAUCAGAUGUAAAAGUCUGGGAAUGCUUUGCCUACUGAACAUAACAGCCUCACUCUGAAUGUAAACAGGAGAAAUGUAUAUUUUCAUGUUGGCAGCUAUGAGGGAAGUGACAGAAGUACAAAUCCAGCUGUGACUCAGAGAGGGGAUCAUAUCAACAUCAGUGUGACUACAGAAAACUCCAGAGUGAGGGUAGAAGUCUUUUCUUUCUCUUAUUAGAGGACACAUUUGUGCAAAGAGUCUAAAGUAAAGAUGCUGUGGAGUCUGUUGUUCAUCACUUUGAUUGGAAGAUCAACUCAACAGGAUCCAGUUACAUCAUCAGGAUGUAGUCCAGGCUGGGAAACUAUCAAACUGGAUGACAAAGUGGCAUUUCAGUCUUCAGACGCCACAAAUUAUUAUGGUGUCAAAUACACUGCUGACAGAGCUUUGGAUGGAAACUAUUUGACAUGUUCUGAAAAUUUAAAUGAUCACAUCAGCUGGUGGACAGUUGACUUAUUGGGUCUAUAUGAAAUUUCCUGCAUCACUAUUUACAACAUAAAUCAAUCAAAUAUUGAUCUAAGUGGUGCUCGGAUCCUCAUCGGGAACUCAUCUGAGAGAAAUGCUGCUGACACCACUGAGUGUGCAACAAUCAACACAAAGACUAGUAGAGAAAAUAAUACAUUUAACUGUGAAAAUGAACCAAAGUGGGGGCGUUAUGUAACUGUGUACAAAGACACACCAGGGUUUGUAAUUCUGUGUGAGGUGACGAUGAAAGGCAGAAAAAAAGAGCCAUUUAAACUGAUUAAAGAGAACAAGACAUGGGAAGACGCCCUGUACCACUGCAGAGAGGAACACAUGGAUCUGGUUUCCAUCCUUGAUAAAGAGACCCAGGGCUGGGUUGGGUUGGAGGCUCAGAAGGCUGACACUCCCUUUGUCUGGCUGGGCCUUCAAUACAUCUGUGGCUUCGGCUUCUGGAUCUGGGUCAACGAUCAGUGUGUAUUUUUUGAUCAGUGGGCUCCAGAUGAGACAAGAACAGCAGACUGUAGCACGAGGGCUGCCAUGAAUAAAGGUGGGAACCAUCUGUGGUACAAGAAGUCUGUUUAUGAUAAAUAUAAUUUCAUCUGUGCAGUGUAAGAAGAUCCAUGGAUUUGUUUUGUUUAUUCAGUUAGACAGGUGUCAGUAGUGGCUUGUUGGGUUGUAGAAAAUUUUCCUCUGAUAAAUCAACGGUGAUGGGUUCAGGCUCAGUGUAGCAGGAAGAUAAACAGUGGUGAAAUUAAGGAGAACUUUUCUAUUAAUAUUCAGAAAUAUGUUAUUAUUAUAUAUUACUUUUGAUUGUAUUUCAUGAUACAUUGAUAUGAUGAUUAUAUGACACUU